UUAGUGUCCUGGUUUAACACACUCAUGCUGGGGAGAAGUCUGGUGCGCCGAGAAAGAAGGGUGCGUAGGGGGCAGGGCACGUUGCAGGUAUGACGUUACGUCUACCUAUAAAUAGCAUAACGCGUAAUAAUCACGUCAUCGUUGAUAUGAAGAUCUAUUUGGAGAGCACUAAAGAUUGUCGGGGAAAUAAAAAUGUCGAUAGAUGGCAUUGAAGAACGGGAGAGGCAGUUAAAAGUGCUCUUGAAGGAACUAGGGAAUGAAAUAUCUCUCCAGCUCCCUUCAAACUAUGGAGAAGACAGAAGACGUAGAGUGCAGAAGUCCAGGCAGAAACUGGACCAAGCAGAGUCACUAUUGCGUGAGAUGCAGCUAGAUGUUCGCGUGGCUCCAAAAGGUAUCCAGCAUCAGCUCUUCAGUAGAGUAACCCAGUACAAAGCAGAUGUGGCAUCUCUCCGACACCAACUGGCAGGGGAGCGAGAUCAGCUACUAAAGAAGACUGCCACUUUACAAAGAGCCUCACAGAGCCUGCACAGGGCACAACAUGUUACAGCUGAGACUGAUGAGAUUGCCGACAACAUAGUGCUGGACCUCGGCCAACAGAGAGCUACACUCGUCAGAGCAAGGGACAGAGUGGCUGGGAUAGAAACAGAGAUGGAGAGGACUAAGAGUUUGCUAAGAACUAUCGCCUGCAAAGCUAUCGAGAACAGGAUAAUACUCAUCACAGUAAUCGUCAUUGAACUUGUUCUGCUGGCUGGCCUGGCGUAUUGGAAGUUUCUAAGUUAA